CACGUGACAUCCCGUCGGUAACGCAAGAUGGCGGCGCCCAUGUUGCUGCCCGAGUCCCCUCUGGGGAAGCUGAGCCAUCAAAAAUACAGAGCUAUUCUGAAGAAAGAAAAGCGAAAAAAAAAGCGGCAGGCACUUGCCAAACUAAGAGACUCAGAGGCUACAGAAAAAGAUGAGUCGGUGUCUGAGGAGGAAGAGGAAGAGCUGGAAGAAGAAGAGGAAGACGAAGAAGAAGAAAAAAAACUUGAGGCAGAAAGACAAAAACUACAUGAGCAGUGGUUGCUGAGAGAAGAAAAGGCCCAAGAAGAGUUCAAGCUUAAGAAAGAAAAAGAAGAGGCUGCAAGAAAACGUCAAGAAGAAGAAGAGAGGAAGAUCAAAGAAGAAUGGGAAGAGCGGCAAAGAAAAGAGAGAGAAGCGGCACAGCAAAAGCAACAGGAGAAGAGGGAGAGAGAGGCAGCUGUGCAGAGGAUGCUGGAUCAAGCUGAAAGCCAGCUGGAGAAUGGUGUGACCUGGCAUAACCCAGAGCCCCCAGAGAAUAUAGGCACGGAGAAGGACAGAGCGAAUUGUCCAUUCUAUAUUAAAACAGGCUCCUGCCGAUUUGGAGACAGGUGUUCUCGCAAGCAUAACUAUCCAACAUCUAGUAAGACACUACUCGUCCGAGGGAUGUUCAUUACUUUUGGCAUGGAGCAGUGCCGGAGAGAUGACUAUGACACAGAUGCAAGUCUUGAGUACAGUGACGAGGAAACCUACCAGCAGUUCCUGGAGUUCUAUGAGGAUGUGCUCCCUGAGUUUCAGAACGUGGGGAAGGUUGUUCAAUUCAAGGUCAGUUGCAACUACGAGCCUCACCUGCGAGGAAAUGUGUACGUCCAGUAUCAGUCGGAGAAGGACUGUCAGGCAGCUCUUGCUCUAUUCAGUGGACGAUGGUAUGCAGGCCGACAGCUUCAUUGUGAAUUUUGUCCUGUAACAAGGUGGAAAACUGCUAUAUGCGGCUUAUUUGAAAGGCAGAAGUGUCCAAGAGGGAAACACUGCAACUUUCUUCAUGUAUUCAAAAAUCCAAACAAUGAGUUUUGGGAGGCCAAUAGAGACAUACGUAUUUCUCCUGAACGGACUAAUCAGUUGUCUAAAAACUCUGAGAGGAGAAACAGAUCAAGCCAUCGUGAUGACUAUUACAGCCGAUCAAGGAGAAGGGGCAGUCCAAGCCCGGAUCAUUCUUACCGGAGAAAUGGAGAAUCUGAGAGAAAAAAGAAUCGCCGCAAAAACAAGAGAAGGCGCCGGUCUGGCAGGUCAAGAAGUCGAGAAAGGAGGAGGUCUCACAGCAGGGGGAGAAAGAGAAGAGGGCGCAGUCGCAGCAGAAGUUAUAGUCGAACACGCAGUAGGAGCAGAAGUCGGAGUUCCUCUCGAUCCAGGAGCAGGGGUAAAAAGAGAUCGAGCAGCCGAGGAAAAAAUAGUGAAACUCCCAAAACAAAGUGAGAAUUACUUUUAAAAGUUUUGAUCAAACAUAGAGUUGACAAAUCUUUCCAGUAGGGCACCAGAUAUAUUUGAGUUUCAAAUAAAGUGUUCUUGCACAUUAAAAUGUUUCUUCCUAAUAAAGGAACCUAGUUUAUUGUGUGCUAAGCUUCGGAAAAUUAAAAGUUUAAGUCCUAUAUAAGGUGUGAAUGUCAAGUACUCUAGCUACUCUGUCCCUCUGAACUGCCGCAACACCUGGAUGCAUACUGAGUACAAAUAGAACGAGAAGUAAAGCUUAUUUGGUAUAUGCUUAUUUCUGUGUUAUGUGUGUGUUAAGUGCUUACUGUCCUUGUAAGGAGUUAGUACAGAACAGCCAGUGUGCUGUAAGUUCACACCACAGCAUACUGCAAAUCGAAGUCUGUGUAGAAGACUGCCAUUUAUAUUUUCCAUCUGUUUAUGGGAAAUCUCUUACUAGACAAAGUAAAUAUAAUCAUGUUGUUAGUUGGGAAAAAGGGUCUAAAAGACAUUACUGUUUGAUUGUACAAUACUUGCCCGGUAGAAGCUUUGUGGUCAUAUGUGUUGGAUUUUUCUCUCUCCCCUGACUGAGCUGCUGAGCUAAUUGCCUGUAGGGAUUGCAGUAGAUUAAAAGUACACAGAAAAAUCAAUUUAUUCGGUACCUAAAUCCCCAAGUGGAGAACCAUGCACUUGUAAUCCUCUAGUGAGGAUAGAAAAUUCUUUGCAUACCUCUCAGUCGCAUACCAUUUAUAGUUGAAAACAGCCCGCCUAACCUGUGAUGGAGUAAUGGAAAAACAUACACCUGGUAACCAAAGAUGCAUAUGUAGUUGUGAAGACUCAAGAUGGUUGCAGAGCGGCUAAAGAAACUGAAGGUUUUCGGGAGAGGAGAACUUGGCUUAAAGCCUUUCUAGGCUUAUUUUACAAACAGUUUAAGGCAGUGUACUGCCUACCUUCCCUACGGUCAAGGUGGAGAGUACAUAGAAACAGUUACAAGGCAAAAGCUUUUUGAAAUGAGAGUUAGCAAAGUACAUGUAAUUAGGUAAAUCCUUACAACUAUUUCUUCACUUUUAAAUUAAAGGUUUCUGCUUUGAGAUGGGCUGUACUUCAUGCAGCUUAACUUCCAAGUAUUGAACUUGGGUACUGAGGCAUCCUUAGAUGCUUGGGGAGAGCAGUGUGUGGCACUGAUGGUGUAGCUGCCCUGAACGGUGUGCAGAGCCUGUGUGUCUUGAGCCUCUCUGAAGAACUUGGGCUCCUGCCUCUACGUACAGUUCAGACCUCCUAAGUUAGAAGCCUACGGUAGGCAUGAAGAGCUCCCAAAUAGAUAUUUGUUAUGACUCCAAAAAUACAACAUAAAGUCUGUAGAAAAUCUGGAUAUCCAAACUUUCCAAUAGCAUUCCUCACAGCAAGAACAUUUUUCCCCCCAGGAUAGUUAGGAGUGGAUGAACAUUGUUUCUGGAUAUAAUAUAUAUAUUUUUGCUUUUCUAAAUGCGUACUGCACCUAGCAUGCUGAUUAUACAUUUUCCUUCUUUCAUGUGUAACUGUUGUCCGAUAUGGAGUAAUACAGCAGAAGUGCUAUAUAUUGAUGUUCAGUUCAAACUCUACUUUCACUAUAUAUUGUCAUAACUGUAGGCAGAAUUUUAGCUUAGUUAAUUUGAUUAAAUGUUUUAGUUAUUAACAGAAGUAGGAGCUGUAAUUUUAUAGCAUAACUUUUGAAAUAAUAACUUUGUUUGAAAGGCAUAUUUCAAAAGAUAGACAGCACUAAGUUUUAAAUCACAUUUGAGAAAUUUGUGACUACCACUUUCUCUUAACAUGUCUUUUUCUGACUAGACCUAAAAGACAGAUUUUCCCUGAGGUUUCUAUUUUUUCAUAAUGCUCACUUGUCUAGUUCGGUCACUUGUGCAGAAUGUGGCAAGAUCCCUUCCAGUUCCCUGGAGCAGAACUGAACUGGCAUUUGCUACUUGACAAGAUGCACGACCAACAGGACAGUGGUAACUUCAUUUUGCUGGUGCUGCCUUGCUUCCCACAACUCAUGCUGGUUGAUUCAUGCUGGUUAAGGCUCUUGAGUGGAAGAGCUGACAUAGGCCAUCCACAGUACAAUGUGCAUCUGUCACGCAGCAGGUUAUUGCUGAGCAUUAUCUCAGAGAAAUCAAUUACCGAGUUCAAGCAGAAGUGGUGGAAUGGAUGGUGGGAACCCGUGACCAGUCAGGUGAAAUAAGCAAAUCUGGCCUCUGUAGGAUUAGAAACCAAGUGCCAGCUAUGACCCAUGUGAGAAUUCCACAGGUAAUUAGGCUCCUUGUCCCCACAGUUUUGUAAUGGCAUCUGGGAAGCUGAGCUGCUGUAUUUUAGAAAAAAAAAAAAAUUCUUAAUAAAAAAACAGCCAAACAACCAACUUGCUCAGAGAUGCAUGUAAGAAUUUACUUUAUUUCUGCUGCUAUAAAGCUGAAGCUUCAGCUUUUUUUUCCCUGAGGUCUGGACCCAAACUUCCUGGCUGUACCUGUGCAGUGUAGGACUGGUAGCUGUAAUUAUCAUUAACUUUCAGAUGCAGUCUGUUUAUUACACAGAAAUUGAGUGCUGUAGAUCUGACAUUUAGUUUGCAUUUGUUUGUUAGCAUGAAACCUGGAAUUCAACCAGUUUUCUAACUUCAGAGUUCAUAUGUUUCAGUAUUGUUUCCCUACUUCAUAAUCUUAAGUAGUGUUAUAUGCAUGGGUUUGUGUUUCCUUAUUAGCCAAGUGAUCUAUUUAUUCUGAAGAGGCAGAGACUAGAAUUUUUUUUAAAUGUUAAGAUUAAUUCUUCUUUUUCCAAACGGGAGAAGCCCCAGAAGAACACAGAAAGGAUUUAAAUUUGCAAGGACUAGCUUGUUCUCAGUGUUAUUCUGCGUGUUCCACAUGAAAGGACCUUAUAAAGUGAAUUGAUAUUGGCCAAGCUUUGUUCUGUUUUAUUUUUAAUGACUGCUUAAAAGCGUGGCUUUAAAAAUUGGUGUUUUUUUCAGUUGUGAAUUCUGCAAGGAUCACUGAGGUGCUUUAGUGGUUGUGAAAGCAGGCAUUUACACAGAGCUGCAAGCAGCUGGGCAGUGGAGUAGGGCCUGCCCCACAGCUCACUUUAGCAGGAAGGAUGAGCAGCACGCACUGGUCCUGCCCUUCUCCUGUGGGAAGAGGAACACAGCUGAGCCAGCAGUAAGAUUUCAUUUUUCCAGUGGCAGAAAUGGAAUAUGACAGCUACAAGCAGCCCUGUAGGCACAGGCAGUAUUACUGCCCAGCAGUAUGUGGGCAUCUGGGAGAUGGGCUUGCCCCCUCGCAGCAGCAUAGCCUCGAGUCCUACUGGUGGCUGCCUCCAUGGGAUUUCCCUUUCUGCCAGUCCAGAGUUGCUAACCAUCAUCACAGGGGGUGAGAAGAGGUGGCACAAAUCCACCUGCUGAAAGUAAAGGCUUUCCUUUCUUACAGAGGGGGAAUGAGCACACCUGAAAAGACCUUCCCUCCCUGGCCCUUCCCUUGCUUGUAGGGCAGAUGGUCUGAAAUGCAUCCCCGCUUCUCAGCUUUAUGGCCUGUGAUGAUAGCAUGUGUUUCUCAGAUUCAGCUUUGCAUUACCAUAUUCGGUGUAUCAGAAAUUGCCCUGAAGUUUACCAGUGACAUUCCUGUGUGCUAAAUAACAUUUCUUCAAAGAGAAUGCAAGAGUCUGCUUAAAGAUGCUAUUGCUUCCUGUCCUGGAUCAGCACUUCUUACAAAACAUGAAAGUCUAUGGUGCUUAAUAAUUUAAAAGCUUAAUUUACUUUCUUACGUCAUCUAAGGAGUGCAGCCAAUUUUGCUUUCACUGUAAGUUCGUUGUAAUUAAAAUAAACCCCUACUACUCCACGUACCUUCUCUUCAGCAGUGAUGUAUCACCUGAAUUCGGUGUCCCAUCUCCAAUUUAAACCAAACAAACAUCAUUGACAAGUUACACUUCAGUAAACAAUGAGAGUGACUACAAAGCAAGCAUACAAGCAUAACCCAUGGCACACGGCAACUUCACAAAGCCAGCCACAGGGCAACCAUCAUCAUAGCAUUAAGCAGAAGAACAGAUGUUGAGGAAGGCCUCUUUGAGUUAAAGACUAAGACUCGGCGAUGAAGACACUGAAGGCAACAAUCACUUGCCUAAACAAUCCAGAAAUUCCAAUUGAUUCUUCAGCUCCCCCCCACCCCUGCCCAGUAAGAUGGGCAAUUUAUGAAACAACAUUUAAUUCCAUAUUAGAUUCAAGAAAUGCCCUAAGAUGUUAAGUUUUCCCAGUGCUUUUGCUAAUACCAUCAACCAGUUCAAGUACUUUCAAAACACUGGAGAACAGAUUAAUCUGAGAAAUUUUUGUUUGAAAUUAGGAUUGUGAACAUUGGACUGACUUCCUAAUAAAUCCAUGUAAUAAAUCCAUACUGAAUUUGUAUUAUCUAGAACCCUCUUCAAUCAACAUGCGGUUUGUUUUAAUUUUCAAAUGACAUGGCACUACUGCAUCAAUUUAACAUCCACUCUAAUAUAUUUCACCUUUAAUGUGGUAAGCCUUCCAAAAACUUGCUAAUUUAUUGCUUUCUGUACAAUCUAAAUGGAUGUAAAUAACUAAUCUUGGACACAGUAUAUUCGCACAUUUUUUAAUAAAGUGCUCAAGAACAGGUUAAGCACUGUAAUAAAAUUUCCCUUUUUUUUAAGCUAGCACUGAGUAGCCUCUUAUUUCCUCUGCAAAAAUCAUAAUUACAUAUAAACACACAGCAAUGGUGUAAAAAUGGACAUUUAUUACAACUAAACCAAUGUGACAGAGGUCAAACAGUUUGUCACGAUCACAACAAAGCUUAAUCCAGCCAAGCACAUACAAGUGACAGUGUAAACUUUAAAAACAUGUUUAAUACAUAUAAAAUUGCUUCGGAUUUGACUUAAAUGAAGGUCAUUUUACCACUUCAAUCUCACACACAGGGUCAUUCUGCCUUCCACUUUAACUUCACCUAUCCCUGCACACUGUGCCCUAGGGACAUGCACACCACUGUGGUUGCACACCCUAGGUUAAAAACAGUCUCUAGUGAUCAGAUAUGUUUAAAUCCCAGACAGGGCAUAAGCAGACGAAUUCUAACACUAAGUUCACAGGCUCCACGCUGGCAGGGCCACAGAAGCAUGCAGAACCACCCCGGCUGCUACAAGCAUUUAUGCUGGGAUCUCGAUCGGGGGACUCGCAAGCGGCAACACUGAGCCUUUCCUGGCGAGUUAGAUUUAAGCUAGAUCACAUGGCGCUCACAGCCUAGCUCUCCAGAUGGCUGCGCGAAUGCUUAUGCUGGCAGCAACAACACCAAAGCUAAGUUUUUGUGAAAACAUGGCACUACUGAAGUGAACAAGCCAAAACAUUGUCUCCUGAAGUGCAGUUGCAGGGAACAGGGGCAGCCCCACCUUCUCCAAGCCCACACA